GUGAAGCAAUCGUGACUUCAAGACAGAUCGUCAGACACCAAUCUGUGGCGACGCUAUCAUGGCAGCGAAGCCAAUUUUCGUCGAUGAGCCAUGGAAUCCACAGCCUAGAAAUACAACUGUCGCCAACAGAAGUGUCGUUGUUAAAAACCUAUCACCCUUGACAAGCAAGGAGGCGAUAAUCAUUUACUUUCAGAGGCGAAGAAAUGGUGGAGGUGAAGUCGACGAUGUUUGCUUACGAAGCGAAGGUGUAGCAGUUGUUACAUUUGAAAAAGAAGAAGUCGCGGAGUCUGUUUUGACAAGAGUACACACCAUAGAUGGCGUUCAGGUGAAAGUGGAGCGAAAUGUUCAAUCAUCAAACCAGGUGUUUGGCAAAGUGGCCGCCCGUCUCGAUCCGCAACCAUUAGGUUUAAGCUUCUCCAGUUUGGAAGAAAUUCUACAAUCUAUCAAAGACGAAGCAGUAGUAGAGAGGAGAAGGAUUUUCGACGGCUUUGUUGUGUCCGGAACAUUUGAGGAAAUAGCAAAAGUCCGCAGCUUAUUACAGAAAAUUAUACCGAUCAGUAGUCAUCAGGGAAAGAGAGAGCCUGUGCAGACAGACUGCAGAAAGUCAGUGUAUCCGAAGGCUAUCAGAGAGUCUCCCCGAGCUGAUAAACCUUUUUUUGAACCAGCCAAUGGUCAAAAACAUCCCAACAGAAACUUGACAGGGAAGGCAAACUUGAGAGAAUUUCAAGGACGAGGAUUGAAUCAGCGCAUAAACAUGGUAAACAGCAAGGAGACAAACAAGGAAGAGGACAAAUUAGUACAUCCGGAGACAUUAACCUAUGGUUCUGCCGUUCCUUUAUUCGACUUCCCUGGUGCUGAGAGCUCGCCUAGCAUAGAACAGAAACGCGAGUCGGUGAAAACAGAACUCCGAAGCAGAGGUAGAAAUCAGUACCAAGCAAAAGCCACAAGGACAGAAGAUUCAAUGACGACAGCGGAGAGGAAAAGGAAAACAGAUGAAGCUAGGAAACUUGAAGAUGAAUUAAAAAAAUCUCAAAUUUUAGGUGUUGGUAAACGAUGGCUAAGCAGGGAAGAAGCAGAAAAGUUUAGUGACCUUGGAGGUCCCCAAAUUAUGGCCCAAAAUCAUAAACAUCCAACAGACUUAAGUGAUUAUAAAAAACACAAAGUGGAGAAUACAUUUCUUGAUGAAAAAAACAUCGAUACCCGAAGAGAAAUUCCCAUUCAAAAAAUAGCAAAUAAAGAAAUUGGUGAGAUGAGUCAAGGAACGACCACUGAAUCGUCUGCAAUAAAGAAAAGUUUUGUCGAGGACGACCCAAAUGAGAGAACAGAAAAUACUGAACUGGUUAUGGUUACGACUUCCGACGAUGCUUCGGGGUCAACCUCAGAACCAGCCCCAUUCCCUUAUGGCACUGAGCUUCGGAGCAACAACCAAAAUCAAGACGAAACAAAGCCAUUUGAAACUCUCUCGAGAAAACAACAGGGUGGUAAUAACAAUGGGCUCAGGGGUGUCAAAGAGAGGGGAAACUCUCCUUUAGACAGUGGAGGAGAAGCCGUGAGAAGUGAGCACAUCGACGAAAAUGAUAUGGAUGAAACGCAACGAAAUGAAAUCUGUGAAAAACAAGUUCAACCGCAAUCAAAGAACCCAAAGAGUCCAAAUGAAAGCAUAAAAGAACUGGAGUCCACAAUUUCUAGGAGGGAGAGCAACCACAUUAAAUUCUCCACGGAAACUGGUAUCACCGUCGUGUUGCUUGAAGGAGACAUUACGAACCAUCAUGCAGACCUUCUCAUACGUCCAACCAAUCCAUCGCUCUGUCACAAAGAGAGACUCUCAAAUCAAUUUCAGGACAGAGGGGGUACAUUGUUAAAAGAUGAAUGUCAAAGGAGCACACAAGGCCAAGAAACGCCAAAUUAUGGCGAAGUAUACUUUACUGAUAGUGGUAAUUUACCUUGCAAAGCUAUCCUUCAUGCAAUUCUGCCUCUUUGGACCGAGGAAAAGGAGGAUACGAAGGACCUUAAGCACUUAAUCCACGUUUGUUUAAAGAAAGGGUUGAUUUUGGCAUCAGAGCAUGGACACAGAUCGGUUGCGUUACCGCCAUUAGGACAAGAGGGGAAUCCUAUUCCAGUUCGUGUCUCAGCACAGGUGACAACUCGUGUCAUCGCUUCGUUCAGCAGAAGCGUUAGUCCAUUGCACAAUGGAGUCACUGAUUUACACAUUGUGUGUAAUGAUGAUGCCACUUUCAAUGUAUUUGCCAAACAAUUGAGAGAAUUUUCAUUUCGAGACAAACAACGACCAUAUUUCGUACAGGCUGAGGACAAAACAGUACCAUAUCAAAGCAUUCGAAGAUGUGGCACUGAACUCAAAACAGUCGAACUCUCUUCGCUGAAAGGGACACCUCGUCAGGAAAACCAAAAUUCGACCAUUUUACCAGUCUCUAAAACGGAUUUAGCCUCACAGCCAGCCUCACUUUCUCAUGGCACAGAGAGCAGAAGAAACAAUCUAAUUCGAAACGAAACAAAGCCUUGUAAAGCUCUUCCGAAAAAUCAACAAGAUGAUGAUGAUAACAGUAGGCUGAAGAAUGUCAAAGAGGAACAAAACGCUUUUCUCGAGAAUGGAGGAGAAGCUGUAGCAAAUCACCCCAAAGACGAAACAAUGUUUACUGAAGCGCUAAAACAAAGUGAAAUAUGUGGAGAAGAAGCCCACCAACAACCAAAGAGCCCCAAUUCAGAUGAAAGCAUUGAAGAUGCGGAGUCUUCAACAAUUGUGAUGGGAAACAACCAUGUCAAGUUCUCCGCAGAAACUGGUAUCACCGUCAUGUUACUUAAAGGAAAUGUAACAAGCCAUAAUGCAGACGUUCUUAUUAGUCCCGCUAAUCCAUCACUUUGUUACAAAGAGGGACUAUCUAAGCAGAUUCAAGAGACAGGGGGCAGAUCUUUAAAAGAUGAAUGCCUUAUGAUCACUCAAGGACAAAAAAUGUUAAAAUAUGGAGAGGUGCUUGUUACCGGUAGUGGUAAUUUACCUUGCAAAGCUGUUCUUCAUGCUAUUCUGCCCCUGUGGACCAACGACAAGGAGGAUAAGAAAGAGCUGAAGUGCCAAAUCCACGCUUGUCUUAAAAAUGGGCUUAUUUUGGCAUCAGGACGCAGACACAGAUCGGUUGCUUUCCCUCUAUUAGGACAGGAGUGGAAUCCCAUUCCAGUUCAAGUGUCAGCAGAGGUGAUCACUCGUGUCAUUGCUACGUUUAGCGAAAGCGUUGGUCCAUUACACAGUGGAGUUACCGAUUUCCACAUAGUAUGUGAAGACGACGCCGCUUUCAAUGUAUAUGUCAAAGAGUUGAGAGAAUUUUUAUUUCGAGACAAACAAAGACCGUAUUUCGUACAGGCUGAGGACAAAACAGUACCAUAUCAAAGCAUUGAAAGAUAUGGCACUGGACUCAAAACAGACGAACUCUCUUCGCUGAAAGGGACGCCUCGUCAGGGAAACCAAAAUACGACCAUGUUACCAGUCUCUAAAACGGAUUUAGCCUCACAGCCAGCCUCAUUUUCUCAUGGCACAGAGAGCAGAAGAAACAAUCUAAUUCAAAACGAAACAAAGCCUUGUAAAGCUCUUCCGAAAAAUCAACAAGAUGAUGAUGAUAACAGUGGGCUGAAGAAUGUCAAAGAGGAAGAAAACGCUUUUCUUGAGAAUGUAGGAGAAGCUGUAACAAAUCACCCCAAGGACGAAAAAAGGUUUACUGAAGCGCUAAAACAAAGUGAAAUAUGUGGAGAAGAAGCCCACCAACAAUCAAAGAGCCCCAAUUCAGAUGAAAGCAUUGAAGAUGCGGAGUCUUCAACAAUUGUGAUGGGUAACAACCAUGUUAAGUUCUCCACAGAAACUGGUAUCACCGUCAUGUUACUUAAAGGAAAUGUAACAAGUCACAAUGCAGACGUUCUUAUUAGUCCUGCUAAUCCAUCACUUUGUUACAAAGAGGGAAUAUCUAGGCAGAUUCAAGAGACAGGGGGCAGAUCUUUAAAAGAUGAAUGCCUUAUGAUCACCCAAGGACAAAAAAUGUUAAAAUAUGGAGAGGUGCUUGUUACCGGUAGUGGUAAUUUACCUUGCAAAGCUGUUCUUCAUGCUAUUCUGCCCCUAUGGACCGACGGCAAGGAGGAUAAGAAAGAGCUAAAGUGCCAAAUCCACGCUUGUCUUAAAAGUGGGCUCAUUUUGGCAUCAGGACACAGACACAGAUCGGUUGCUUUUCCUCUAUUAGGACAGGAGUGGAAUCCCAUUCCAGUUCAAGUGUCAGCAGAGGUGAUCACUCGUGUCAUUGCUACAUUUAGCAAAAGCGUCGGUCUAUUACACAGUGGGGUUACUGAUUUCCAUAUAGUUUGUGAGGAUGCAGCAAGUUUAAAAGCGUUUGCCAAAGAAUUGGAAGAAUUUUCAUUCCCACAUAAACAGCAAAAACAUUUUGUGACAAGAAAAUCACCGGAUGAGAUAUCUUGUCAAAGUGCAGCUUUUUCGAUUAGUCUUAAACCAGAUUCAGUGCCUAAGGAAGAGAAUGGAAUGACCCAAAUGGUCUCACCCAGAGAAGAAAUUGUCACAUCCUUAACUGAAAUUAAAUCAAGUGAAGAGCUAUCCGCCAGGAACGAGGAAAUGACAACGAUCGAAGUAGAUGAUUUUACGAGGCCUGUGGAAGUUCGAGCGUUCGAAAUACUGGAAGCAACGUCUGGAAGACGCUUACCUCGACUUGUUGGAGAACUAUCACAAAGUUUCCCUGAUGGAGAGAGUAUAAAGAGGGAAAUGGGGGAGGAGUUGAAAAGGGAUGAAUUUGAAGAGCAGGUCACUGAAAACCAUGAUUUUGAAAAGAAAUCUUCAGCACAACUACAACAGUCUACAGCUGUCGACCCGUUUUCUAAACGAGAAGAGAUGGGACAACGCCACGCUCAGCACAACAUGAGACACAUUACAAAGCCUCCUCCGUUAUCAAUGGGCAAGAAAACGAUAGUUCGAAGGAUUUCAAACUCUUCCUCUCUCCAGGAUGGUGGCAGGAUGUUAAAGGGUUUCAUGUCACCCACUAUUGAGGCCCUCAUGAAUGCCGAUCUUCACCUUGGUGCUCAAGGAUUAAAACUUUUGCAUGACGAUGAUGGCAAUGUAAAGAAAAAAGAAGACUUGGAGAAAAGCUUUUUGCUUGACUCACAUGACGAAAAUUGUUCAACUGCAUUUAGUGUUCCGCACUUAGAUGGCCAUCAGAGUGAUGACAAUAUGCCACAAAAUUGUGGAAGGAAAGUCGAAAAAAUCCCAGAUUCUGACAUGGAGCUUGGAACUCUUGAUAUUUUGGAAACAACAAAUCAAAACAGCCCCUCAGUAAGGGAGAAAGACGAAAAAAACGGAUCCCCCACACUUCCUGAGAAAAAUGUUUCAGCAGAAACUGCACAGCUUCAGAGUGCCAGCAUCCUCUGUGCUCUCUGCCAGGAAGCGGUGGAUCAAUUGGCCCCAGAAAAUUCAAACACUUGUGAAAAGCACAAGUUCUGUUACGACUGUAAACAGAAAGCUUUCUCAUUUAGUGAUGACUGUCCCGCUUUUGCGGAUGCAUAUGGCUUGACAAACCUCAAAAGAGUUGACAUUGCUACCCUCAUACGUAGAUCUGACCACGAUAUCAAAGACACUCAUCCUUCCACAUCCGACUCAAUCCCACUCGUGGAACGCCCCAGCAGUGCCUACAGGUCAGUCGGUCCCCAAGGCAACCAGCCUCCUGGAGAAAUGAUGUGGAAAAAGUAUUCGGAAGAUCUUACUGGUUUCGAAGGUUAUGGCACAAUUGUUACAACUUUCACUUUCUAUGAUGGAGUCCAAAGCGCAGAACAUCCAACCCCAGGCAAAUCAUACAAGGGCAUAUCGUGCAUGGCCUACUUUCCUGACUCGCAAGAGGGAAAACAGGUUUUGAAAUUACUUAGAAAAGCUUUUGACGCCCGCCUGGUAUUUACUAUUUCACAAACUGCUCCCGAAGAGUCCGGUCAGGUGGUGUUGGAUGGAUUAGAACUGAAGACCACAGCUGAAAGUUAUUUCAGGAAUGGUCAGCCAGACGUCGACUAUUUUUCAAGACUAAAAGGACAGUUGGCAGCUAAAGGAAUUUGCUGAAAAAAAAAAACUUCUGUUCUGCGGAACAGUGACUGAACUGAUUUUAACUGCGUUAUAUGGUGUUCUUCUUUAUACGUUUUUGAGGAUUAUUUUUAAGCUUUUUCCUUUGAUUUCGCGGCCUCGUGCAGAUGUAUAUCUCAGAUUCUCUUUUUCCUUUUUAUUUUGAGCUAGAACGAAAAAAUCUAAAUUAAAUAUUUUAUUCACCGAUCAUAUCUUAAAAGACAAUGCAGGAUCAACUAGAACGACAUUUUUUUUGGCUUUUCUGCAUUGAUUCGUUCGCAUGUCAUCCUCAGCUCACUUGUCCUUUUGUGCAUUCUAAGAGUAAAUAACGUAAUUCGUAAAAAUGAUAAGUAAUUAUUACCCUGUAUACCAUAGCGAGUUAAUUGUACGGAAAAAAAAAAUCACAUUGGAGGAACUUUUUUAUGUAGUUUGUUUCGUUUUUGGAUCUAUCGUCAGGUUGGUUUAGGCGUCUCUACACAAAACAACAAAACUAAGCAACAUAACUUUAAAAGACCAAAUCCAACAAAAAGGGAAUAGCGAUGGGUUUUUUCGCAUCAUAGAGUUAAUUUCAACGCUUAAAAGGCAUAAAUUUUAUACAAUUUACCAAGUGCAUCAUUGUCGAAUUUUAAUAAACUUGGAGGCUCUGCAAAUUUCCUAGAGGUAAUAACACUGAAGUGCGUGACACCUUAUAAUGACACCUGUGCAACUGUAACGCACGACAAUUCUACUAAAAUAAACUCGUCGUAGA